CCGCAGAGACCCCGGGCCGGCGCCAGAGGCGCGCGGACCCUGCGGGUAGUGGGAUGGGGGCGGCCGCACGCACGCAGGGCUGGGCACUGCGCCUCCUCCCGCUGUUGCUGCUGCUGUUUCUCGUUUUCUGCGCGGCCGCUCGGGACCCCGGGGCCGCGGCCAAGCUCAGUCUGCACCCGCCCUACUUCAACCUGGCUGAGGCGGCGAGGAUUUGGGCCACCGCCACCUGCGGGGAGCGGGAGCCUGGCGGCGGGCGACCCCGGCCAGAGCUCUACUGCAAGUUGGUGGGGGGGCCCACCGCCCCGGGCCGCGGCCACGCCAUCCAGGGCCAGUUCUGUGACUAUUGCAAUUCUGAAGACCCCAGGAGAGCACAUCCAGUCACCAAUGCAAUUGAUGGAACCGAACGGUGGUGGCAAAGUCCUCCUCUCUCCUCAGGCACACAGUACAACAAAGUCAAUGUUACCUUGGAUCUAGGGCAGCUCUUUCACGUGGCCUAUAUUAUAAUCAAAUUUGCAAAUUCUCCUCGCCCUGACCUUUGGGUCUUGGAAAGAUCUGUGGACUUUGGAAGCACCUAUUUACCUUGGCAAUAUUUUGCUCAUUCUAAACUAGACUGUUUGGAACAAUUUGGGCAGGAGGCAAAUAGGGCUAUCACUCGUGAUGAUGAUGUACUUUGCAUUACUGAGUAUUCCCGUAUUGUUCCUUUGGAAAAUGGUGAGGUUGUGGUGUCCUUGAUAAAUGGCCGGCCAGGUGCAAAAAAUUUUACUUUCUCUCACACCCUGAGGGAAUUUACCAAGGCAACAAACAUCCGCUUGCGUUUUCUCCGAACCAACACCCUUCUUGGGCACCUCAUCUCGAAGGCACAGCGAGAUCCAACAGUCACGCGGCGAUAUUACUACAGCAUAAAGGACAUCAGCAUCGGUGGGCGGUGUGUUUGCAAUGGCCAUGCUGAAGUGUGUAAUGCAAACAAUCCUGAAAAACUGUUUCAGUGUGAAUGUCAACACCACACCUGUGGGGAGACGUGUGAUCGCUGCUGUGCUGGCUACAAUCAGAGGCGGUGGUGGCCGGCCACUUCGGAGCAGAGCAAUGAGUGUGAGGCAUGCAACUGCCAUGGCCACGCCAUCGACUGUUACUAUGAUGCAGAUGUUGAGAGGCAGCAGGCAAGCUUGAAUAUUCAUGGCAUCUGUGCAGGUGGAGGGGUCUGCGUUAAUUGUCAGCAUAACACUGCUGGUAUAAACUGUGAAAUGUGUGCUAAGGGUUACUACCGCCCUCAUGGUGUUCCAGCUGACGCCCCUCAUGGCUGCAUCCCUUGCAGCUGUAACCCUGAACACGCGGAUGGCUGUGAGACGGGCUCGGGUCACUGUUACUGUAAGCCGAACUUCCGUGGAGACUACUGUGAGGAGUGUGCGGUUGGAUAUUACAAUUUCCCAUUUUGCUUAAGAAUUCCCAUUUUUCCUAUUUCUGCUCCUAGUCCUGAAGAUCCAGUAUCAGGAGAUAUAAAAGGUUGUGAAUGUGACUUGGACGGUGUUCUUCCUGAAAUAUGUGAUGCCCGUGGAAGGUGUCUCUGCCGCCCUGGGGUGGAGGGCUCUCGAUGUGAUACCUGUCGCUUAGGUUUCUACUCAUUCCCUAUAUGCCAAGCCUGCUGGUGCUCAGCACUUGGCUCCUACCAGACGCCCUGCAGCCCAGUGACAGGGCAGUGUGAUUGCCGGCCGGGAGUGACAGGACAGCUGUGCGACAGAUGUCUUUCAGAAGCCUAUGAUUUCCCUCACUGCCAAGGCUCCGGCAGUGACUGUGACGCCGCUGGCACCACCGAGUCCAGUUUGGGGUAUUGCCAAUGCAAGCUUCAUGUUGAAGGUCCUACUUGUAGCAUCUGCAAACCAUUAUAUUGGAAUCUGGCCAGAGAAAACCCCAAUGGAUGCUCAGAAUGCCAGUGCCAUGUGGUGGGAACAGUGAGUGGAAUUGGAGAAUGUGGGCAGGGAGAUGGUGACUGUCACUGUAAGCCUCACGUCUGUGGUGAUUCCUGUGAUACAUGCAAAGAUGGAUAUUUUGCUUUGGAAAAGAGCAAUUUCUUUGGAUGUCAAGGGUGUCAAUGUGACAUUGGUGGUGCUCUCACCCCCACGUGCAGCGGGCCCUCCGGAGCGUGCCGGUGCCGAGAGCAUGUCGUGGGGAAGGCGUGCCAGCGACCUGAAAACAACUACUAUUUUCCGGAUCUGCAUCAUAUGAAGUAUGAGAUGGAAGAUGGCACCACACCUGAUGGAAGAGACAUUCGCUUUGGAUUCAGUCCCCUGGAGUUUCCUGAGUUUAGCUGGAGAGGAUAUGCCCAGAUGACCUCAGCACAGAAUGAAGUAAGGAUAAUGUUGAAUGUGGGGAAGUCAGAGCUGUCCUUAUUUCGAGUUAUUCUGAGAUACAUUAACCCUGGAACUGAUGCAGUAUUUGGCCAUAUAAUUAUUUAUCCACCCAGGGCUAAUGCAGGUGCUGUUCAAAGCAAAAAGAUCACCUUCCUGCCAAGUAAGGAGCCAGCCUUUGUCACCAUCCCCGGAAAUGGUGUCUCAGACCCGUUUUCAAUUGUACGAGAGACAUGGAUUGCUUGUAUCAAGGCAGAGGGAGUCCUCCUGGAUUACCUGGUGCUGCUACCCAGGGACUACUAUGAAGCACCCGCGCUGCAGCUGCCAGUCACAGAACCAUGUGUCUCUUCAGGACAGACCCAGGAGAACUGCCUGCUUUACCAACAUUUGCCAGUGACCAGAUUCCCCUGUGCCCUGGCAUGUGAAGCUAGACAAUUCCUGCUGGAUGGGGAGCUGAGACCCUUGGCAGCCAGGCAGCCCACACGGGCACAUCCCGUCAUGGCGGACCUCAGUGGGAGAGAGGUGGAGCUGCGGCUGCGGCUGCGUGUCCCACAGGUGGGCCACUACGUGGUUGUGGUCGAGUAUGCCACGGAAGUCAACCAGAUGUCUGUGGUUGAUGUGGCUGUGAAGAGCCCUGGGUCUGUCACAGCAGGCCAGGUGAACAUCUACAGCUGCAAGUACAGUGUCCUGUGCCGGAGCACUGUGAUUGAUCACACACACCGCAUUGCUGUGCAUGAGCUACUGGCAGACACGGACAUUCAGCUCAAAGCGCAUAUGGCCCAAUUCUUUCUGCAUCAGAUUUGUAUCAUACCAAUUGAAGAAUUCUCAGCUGAAUAUGUGAGACCUCAAGUCCACUGCAUUGCCAGUUAUGGGCAAUUUUUAAAUCAAAGUGCCACCUGUGUCUCCCUGGCCCAUGAAACUCCUUCUACGGCAUUAACUUUGGAUGCCCUGAGUGGUGGGCCUUCACCUUCUGCUCACGUUGUUUCUGGAGUCACCUUGAAGGCACCACAGAACCAGGUGACCCUGAGAGGACACGUACCACAUCUGGGUCGAUACGUCUUUGUCAUCCAUUUUUAUCAACCAGAGCACCCCACGUUCCGUGCGCAGGUGUUUGUGGACGGAUGGCGGCAGUGGUCAGGUUCCUUCAGCGCCUCUUUUUGCCCCCACAUACUUGGCUGCCAAGACCAAGUCAUGUCCGGAGGCCAGGUUGCAUUUGACAUCUCAGAGCCUGAGGUUGCCGUGACUGUGAAGGUUCCAGAAGGAAAGUUGUUAGUAUUGGUCCGUGUUCUAGUGGUGCCUGUGGAGAAUUACAGCUCCCAAAUACUACACAAGAAAUUCUUGGACAAGUCAUCCAAGUUUGUCAACGACUGUGGAGGAGACAGUUUUUAUAUUGACCCCCAGACAGCCACCAGGUUCUGUAAGAACUCUGCCAGGUCCCUGGUGGCCUUGUACCACAAUGGUGCACUGCCCUGUGAGUGCCACUCUGCUGGGGCCUUGGGCCAGGGCUGCAGUCCAGAGGGCGGGCAGUGCCCGUGCCGGCCCAAUGUCAUCGGGCGACAGUGCACCCGCUGUCGGACCGGCUACUAUGGAUUCCCACACUGCAGGCCGUGCAGCUGUGGCCGACGUCUGUGCAAGGAGAUGACGGGAGCAUGCCUCUGCCCACCCCAGACGGUCAGGCCCCAGUGCGAGGUGUGUGAAAAGCAUUCCUUCAGCUUCCACCCCCUGGCUGGCUGCGAGAGCUGCAACUGCUCCCUGAGGGGCUCCGUGGGGACUGCCACCCCAGAGUGCGACAGGGACAGCGGGCAGUGCAGAUGCAAGCCCAGGAUCACAGGGCGACAGUGUGACCAGUGCGCUUCUGGAUUCUACCAAUUCCCUGAGUGUGUUCCCUGCAAUUGCAGCCAAGAGGGGACGGAGCCAGGAGUCUGUGACCCGCGGACUGGAGCUUGCCUCUGCAAGGAAAAUGUGGAAGGCACAGAAUGCAAUGUGUGUCGAAAAGGUUCAUUUUAUUUGGACUCAGCCAACCCCAAGGGUUGUACGAGCUGCUUCUGCUUCGGAGUAAAUAACCAUUGUACCAGUACACAUAAGCGAAGAACGAAGUUUGUGGAUAUGAUGGGCUGGCGCCUGGAGAUGGUAGAUCACGUGGACAUCCCCACCUCAUUCAACCCGGGCAGCAACAGUGUGGUCGCGGACAUCCAGGAGCUGCCCGCAACAGUUCUCAGUGCGUCCUGGGUAGCACCUCCUUCAUACCUGGGGGAUAAGGUUUCCUCAUAUGGUGGCUACCUCACUUACCAAGUCAAGUCCUUUGGCUUGCCCAGCGACAUGGUUCUUCUGGGAAAGAAGCCAGAUGUGCAGCUCACUGGUCAGCAGAUGUCAGUGGUCUAUGAGGAGCCGAACAACCCCCGGCCAGACCGGCUGUAUUAUGGGCGAGUCCAGGUGGUGGAGGGGAACUUCAGACACGCAGGCAGCGGUGCACUGGUGUCUCGGGAAGAGCUGAUGACAGUGCUGUCUAGACUGGAAGGCGUGCGCAUCCGAGGCCUCUAUUUCACCGAGACGCAGCGGCUCACCCUGGGCGAGGUGGGGCUGGAGCAGGCCUCCAACUCAGGGAGUGGAAGUGUAGCACAUCAUGUAGAGAUGUGUUCCUGCCCGCCUGCCUAUACUGGUGACUCAUGCCAGGGUUGCAACCCUGGAUACUAUCGGGAUAACAGAGGCUUGUAUACUGGACGAUGUGUUCCCUGCAAUUGCAACGGGCAUUCGAAUCGAUGUCAGGAUGGCUCAGGAAUAUGUAUUAACUGUCAGCACAACACUGCUGGGGACCACUGUGAGCACUGUAAAGAGGGCCACUAUGGGAGCGCUGUCCACGGAUCCUGCAGGGCCUGCCCCUGUCCUCAUACAAACAGUUUCGCUACCGGCUGUGUUGUGAAUGGGAGAAAUGUGAGGUGCUCCUGCAAACCGGGAUACACAGGAACGCAGUGUGAAAGGUGUGCACCAGGAUAUUUCGGGAAUCCUCAGAAAUUUGGAGGUAGCUGCCAGCCAUGCAAUUGUAACAACAAUGGCCAGUUGGGCAGUUGUGACCCCUUGACUGGAGACUGCAUAAACCAAGAACCCAAAGACAGUGGCCCUGGAGAAGAAUGUGAUGAUUGUGACAGCUGUGUGGUGACACUCCUGAAUGACUUGGCCACAAUGAGCGACGAGCUCCGCCUGGUCAAGUCUCAGCUACAGGGCAUGAGUGCCAACGCAGGGGCUCUGGAGCAGAUGAGGCACUUGGAGACCCAGACCAAGGACCUGAGGAAUCAGUUGCUCAACUACCGUUCUACCAUUUCAAAUCACAGAUCAAAAAUGGAUGGCCUAGAAAAAGAACUGAGUAAUUUGAAUCGUGAAUUUGACACUCUGCAAGAAAAGGUUCAAAUGAAUUCCAGAAAAGCACAAACAUUAUAUAACAAUGUUGAUCAGACACUCCAAAGUGCAAAAGAGCUGGACACAAAGAUUAAAAACAUCAUCAGGAAUGUUCACAUUCUCUUGAAGCAGAUAUCUGGGACAGGUGGAGAAGGAAACAACCUGCCUUCAGGAGAUUUUUCCAAAGAGUUGGCGGAAGCAGAACGCAUGAUGAGGGAAAUGCGGAACCGCAACUUUGGAAAGCAGCUGAGAGAAGCCGAAACAGAGAAAAGGGAGGCUCAACUCCUGCUGACUCGGAUAAGAAGCUGGCUGGAAAACCACCAGGUGGAGAACAGUGGACUUGUUAGGAGUAUACAAGAUUCUUUAAAUGAAUAUGAAGCCAAACUCAAUGACCUUCAUGGGGCUCUACAGGAGGCAACUGCCCAAGCAAAGCAGGCCACUGACCUCAACCAAGACAAUGAGAGAGCUUUGGAAGCCAUCAAGAGACAAGUUAAAGAAAUAAAUUCCCUGCAGAGCGAUUUUACCAAAUAUCUCACCACUGCAGACGCUUCCUUGCUGCAAACCAACAUCGUGCUUAAGCUGACGGAGAAAAGCCAGAAGGACUAUGAAAAAUUAGCUGCCACCUUAAAUGCAGCAAGACAAGAACUAAGUGACAAAGUGACAGAACUUUCCAAAUCUGCUGGCAAAGAAUCACUGGUGGUGGAGGCAGAGAAGCACGCUCAGUCUUUACAGGAGCUGGCGAAGCAACUGGAAGAGAUCAAGAGAAACGCCAGUGGGGAUGAGCUAGUGCGCCGUGCGGUGGAUGCUGCCACUGCCUACGAGAACAUCAUCAACGCCAUCAAAGCGGCCGAGGAUGCAGCCAACAAGGCCACAAGUGCAUCAGAGUCUGCUCUCCAGACAGUGAUAAAGGAAGAUCUUCCAGGAAAAGCCAAACUUCUGAGUUCCGACAGUGAUAAACUGUUAAAUAAAGCCAACAUGACACAGACAAAGCUACGGCAAGAAAUCAGUCCUGCUGUCAACAACCUACAGGAAACCCUGCAUACUGUGACUGUUCAGAAAGGGCAGAUAGAGACCAAUCUCACUACUGUUCGUGAUGAUCUUCGUGGGAUACAGAGAGGUGACAUCAGUGGUAUGAUCAAUAGUGCCAAGAACAUGGUCCGAAAUGCGAACGACGUCACAAGUGAAGUUCUGGACGGGCUCAGCCCCAUUCAGACUGAUGUGAAAAGAAUUAGUGAUACCUAUGGGAGCACGCAGAGUGAAGACUUCAACAAGGCUCUGACUGAUGCGGAUAACUCAGUAACAAAAUUAACCAACAAACUGCCCAGUCUUUUGAGCAAGAUUGAAAGUAUCAACCAACAGCUGUUGCCACUGGGAAACAUCUCUGACAAUGUGGACCGCAUACGAGAGUUAAUUCAGCAGGCCAGAGAUGCUGCAAAUAAGGUCGCUCUUCCCAUGAGGUUCAAUGGUAAAUCUGGAGUUGAAGUCCGACUGCCAAAUGACCUGGAAGAUUUGAAAGGAUACACAUCUCUUUCUUUGUUUCUCCAAAGACCUGAUUCACAAGAAAAUAGGGGGACUGAUAAUAUGUUUGUGAUGUACCUCGGGAAUAAAGAUGCCUCCAGGGACUACAUUGGCAUGGCGGUCAUCGAUGGCCAGCUCACGUGCAUCUACAACCUGGGGGAACAUGAGGCUGAGCUCCAAGUGGACCAGAUCUUGACCGAGAGUAAAACUCAGGAGGCAGUUAUGGACCGGGUGAAAUUUCAGAGAAUUUAUCAGUUUGCAAGACUUAAUUAUACCAAAGGAGCCACAUCUGGUAAACCAGAAACACCCCGGUUCCAUGAUAUGGAUAGUGGAAAUAGCAACACACUUCUCAACUUGGAUCCUGAAAGUGUUGUAUUUUAUGUUGGAGGUUACCCACCUGAUUUCAGACUUCCCAGAAGACUAAAAUUCCCUCCUUACAAAGGUUGUAUUGAGUUAGAUGACCUCAAUGAAAAUGUCUUGAGCUUGUACAACUUCAAAAAGACUUUCAAUCUUAACACAACUGAAGUGGAGCCCUGUAGAAGGAGAAAGGAAGAGUCAGACAAAAAUUAUUUUGAAGGUACAGGUUAUGCUCGAGUUCCGACUCAACCACAUGCUCCCUUCCCAACCUUUGUACAGACAAUUCAGACAACCGUGGAUAGAGGUUUGCUGUUCUUUGCAGAAAACAAGGAUCACUUUGUAUCUCUAAAUAUAGAAGAUGGCAAACUUGUGCUGCAAUACAAACUGGGUUCAGAGCCACCAAAGGAAAAAGGAAGUAGAGAAUCUAUAAACGAUGGGAAAGAUUAUAUGAUUCGGAUCAACUUUGCAAAGGCCCAAAAAGUUCUGUGGGUAAAAGUGAAUUCUAUAAACAUUAACGUUGACGGGGAAAUAUUUGAUUUCAACACAUACUAUCUGGGUGGAAUUCCAAUUUCCCUCAGGGAAAGGUUUAACAUUUCUACACCUCCUUUCCGAGGCUGCAUGAAAAAUCUGAAGAAAACUAGCGGUGUUGUUAGGUUGAAUGAUACUGUGGGAGUCACAAAAAAGUGCUCAGAAGACUGGAAGCUGGUGCGAGUGGCCUCUUUCUCCAGAGGAGGACAACUGAGCUUCCCCGAUUUGGACUCCCCGUUGCCCAACAACUUCCAGGCCUCAUUUGGGUUUCAGACCUUUCAACCCAGCGGCAUAUUAUUAAAUCAUCAAACACGGACAAGUAGCCUGCAGGUCACUCUGGAAGAAGGUCACAUUGAAUUGAGCACCAGGGAUAGCAGCAGCCCCAUUUUUCAGUCUCCUCGGACGUACAUGGAUGGUUUGCUGCAUUAUGUAUCUGUGAUAAAUGACAACUCAGGACUCCGGCUUCUGAUUGAUGACCAGCCUCUGAAAAGUAACCAAAGGCUACAAGGAUUUUCAAGUUCCCAGCAGUCCAUACGCCUGGGUGGGAGUAACUUUGAGGGUUGUAUUACCAAUGUUUUCGUCCAGAGAUUAUCACAGAGCCCUGCAGUUCUAGAUUUGAUUGGUACGUCUUCCAAGAGAGAUGUGUCCCUGGGAGGAUGCAGUUUAAACAAACCACCUUUUCUAAUGUUGCUUAAAGGCUCAACAAGGUUUAACAAAGCAAAGACUUCCAACAUCAACCUGACAUUGCAGGACAUACCAGUGACCUCUCUGAGGAACAUGGAGGUGUGGAGAGAUGCACAGUCUUGCCUGUCACCACCCCAGGCCAAGGCCAAUGACAGAGCCUUUCGGUUUGGGGACAGUCCCACCAGCCACUUGCUAUUCACACUUCCUCAGGAGUUGCUGAAACCCAGGUCACAGUUUGCUGUCGAUGUGCAGACGACAUCAUCCAAAGGGCUCAUAUUUUACACAGGGACGAAGAACUCCUUUAUGGCUCUUUAUCUUUCCAAAGGACACCUGGUCUUUGUAUUAAGAACAGAAGGGAAAAAACUGAAACUCAAAAGCAAAGACAAAUGCAACGACGGGAAAUGGCACACGGUGGUGUUUGGGCAAGACGGAAAGCAAGGACAUUUGGUUGUGGAUGGCCUGAGGGCCCAGGAAGGAAGUUUGUCUGGAAAGUCUACCUUCAGCAUCAGAACACCAGUUUACCUGGGAUCAUCUCUAUCAAGAAAACCAAAGAGCCUCCCCCAAAACAGCUUUGUGGGAUGCCUGAAGAACUUUCAGCUGGAUUUAAAACCCUUGGAUAUCCCCUCCACAAGCUUUGGGGUGUCUCCCUGCUUGGGGGGCUCUUUGGAGAAAGGCAUUUAUUUCUCCCAAGGAGGAGGCCAUGUCAUCCUAGCUAAUUCUGUAUUGUUGGGUCCAGAAUUUAAGCUUGUUUUCAGCAUUCGCCCAAGAAGUCUCACUGGGAUCCUAAUACACAUUGGAAGUCAACCUGAGAAGCACUUGUGUGUUUAUAUGGAAGCAGGAAAGGUUACAGCCUCUGUGGACAGUGGGGCAGGUGAGAUCUCGACAUCAAUCACACCGAAGUGGUCUCUGUGUGAUGGACAGUGGCACUCAGUGACAGUCACCAUAAAACAACACAUCCUGCACCUGGAACUAGACACAGACAAUAGCUACACAGCUGGACGGCUUGCCUUCCCACCUGCCAGCACUCAAGAGCCACUACACAUCGGAGACAUCCCAGCCAAUUUGAAGACUCUGAAGCUACCUGUGUGGAAGUCGUUUUUUGGCUGUCUGAAGAAUAUUCAAGUCAACCACAUCCCUGUCCAUGUCACUGAGGCUGCCGAAAUCCAGGGGACUGUCAGUCUCAAUGGCUGUCCUGACCACUAACUCAAGCCUAUUACACAGCAAGGAAA